AUGGAACCUGUUAAAUACAUCUUUGAGAAGUCUUCUCUAACCGGUGGAGUAACCCGAUGGCAAAUGGAUUUAACCGAGUACGACAUCCAACAUGUCACUCAAAAGUCCAUCAAAGGGAGUGUACUAUCGGACUAUCUUGCGCACCAGCCCUUGAAAGACUGCCAAUCUAUGCGCUUAGAAUUCCCCGAUGAGGAUAUCAUGCUAAUUAGAGACUGGAACAUCCCUGGCCCCGAGGAAGGACCCGAGCCUGGAUACCAAUGGAACUUGGCAUUAAAUGAAUCUUCUAACACUCAUGAAAAUGGCAUUGAGGCAGUCAUCACCUUCCCAACUGGUUUCCAUCUCCCAUUCACCGUGGGGUUAUGUUUCGAAUGUACAAACAAUAUGGCGGAGUAUGAGGCAUGUAUCUUCGGCAUUGAAGAUGCGAUUGAUCUUAGGAUAAAAAUCCUUGAAGUCUACAAAGAUUCAUCCUUGGUUAUCAUCCAAGUAAAAGGAUAUUGGGACACUAGAGAUCACAAGCUCAUCCCUUACAAGGAGCAUGUCUUGAUACUGAUCCCUUACUUUAACGAAAUCACAUUCAACCACAUUCCUCGAGAGGAGAAUCAGUUAGCCGAUGCAUUGGCAACUUUAUCAUCCAUUUUUAAGGUCAAAUGGAAGAAUGAAGCACCAUCCUUUCACCUCGACUACUUGGACGAGCCUGCUUAUUGUUUGGCGGCCAAAGACGAAGCCGGCGAUUAUCCUUAG